AUGUCGGGCGUUGGAGAAGGAAUUCGAAAGGUGCAGGAGACCCUCCAGGGCCUGUAUCCUCAUGAUAAGAAGCUAGCGGACCUUGCAAAGGAUACCACGGACAUCCACACUGCCGGCUCAAUCACCACGGACCAUGGAACAAAGGUCGAGAAUACAGAUGAAUGGCUAAAGGCAUCCGAUAGCUCAAACUCGGGGCCUUCUAUGCUCGAGGAUCAGAUUGCCCGAGAAAAGAUCCACCGCUUUGAUCACGAAAGGAUUCCCGAACGAGUUGUGCAUGCUCGUGGAACCGGUGCAUUUGGGCAUUUCAAGCUCUUUGAGAGUGCUGCAGAUGUCACUUCGGCCGGAGUCUUGACUGACACGUCUCGUACUACACCUGUCUUCGCUCGAUUUUCUACCGUCCAGGGAAGUAGAGGAAGUGCAGAUACCGUCAGAGAUGUCCGUGGAUUUGCAGUCAAGUUCUACACUGAUGAAGGAAAUUGGGAUCUCGUGGGAAACAAUAUUCCUGUCUUCUUCAUCCAGGACGCCAUCAAGUUUCCGGACUUUGGUAUGCACUCCUUUCUCCAUUUACCUAGUAUACAUAUACUAAGAUCUUGCCUAGUGCACGCCGUUAAACCGCAACCUCAUAAUGAGGUCCCUCAAGGCCAAACUGCCCAUAACAACUUCUGGGACUUUGUCUACCUCCACCCCGAGGCUACUCACAUGUUCAUGUGGGCCAUGUCUGAUAGAGGUAUUCCACGUUCAUACCGUAUGAUGCAAGGAUUCGGAGUCAACACCUUUGUUCUCAUCAACAAAGAAGGAAAACGCCAUUUUGUCAAGUUCCAUUGGACUCCAGAGCUUGGUGUUCACUCUCUUGUCUGGGAUGAAGCUCUCAAAAUCGGUGGUCAGGAUCCUGACUUCCACAGAAAGGAUCUGAUGGAAGCUAUUGAUAACAAAGCCUACCCCAAGUGGAAGCUUGGUAUUCAAGUCAUCCCUGAUGAUAAAGAACAUGAUUUUGAUUUUGACAUCCUUGAUGCAACCAAGAUCUGGCCUGAAGACUUAGUCCCGGUUAGAUAUAUCGGUGAGAUGGAACUGAACCGAAACAUCGACGAGUUCUUCCCUCAGACAGAGCAAGUCGCCUUCUGCACCGGCCAUGUUGUCCCGGGCAUCGAUUUCUCAAACGAUCCUCUCUUACAGGGCAGAAACUUCUCUUACUUUGACACCCAACUCUCCCGUCUGGGAACGAACUGGGAGGAGCUGCCUAUUAACCGUCCUGUCUGCCCGGUCAUGAACCACAACCGAGACGGACAGAUGCGCCACAAGAUCACCCAGGGCACCGUCAACUACUGGCCAAAUAGAUUUGAAGCAUGCCCUCCAGCCAAGGUUGGGGAAGGAUUCCACUCUUUCCCUGAAAAGAUAAUGAGUAUCAAGCAGCGAACUCUCAGCAAGAAGUUCCGCGAACACAUCAACCAAGCUCAGCUUUUCUACAACUCUCUAACUCCAUACGAGAAGAAACAUGUUCAGAAUACCCUUGCCUUCGAACUGGAUCACUGCGACGACCCAACCGUUUAUACCCGCGUGGUCAAACGUCUGGCUGAAAUCGACCUCCCGCUUGCACAGGCUGUGGCACCUCUUGUCGGGGCAGAAACUCCUCAAUCUUCUCCCCGUCCUAACCCGGGCCUGAAAACGAUCAAUCUAAGCCAGGCAGAGAUUAACGAGACCCAUCCUCAGAUUGGCAGUGGUACGCCAACCAUCAAAUCUCGCCGUGUCGCCAUUUUGAUCGGAGACGGCUACGACCCGGUAGCAUUUAUUUCGGCCAAAACAGCAAUCAAGGCUGCUGGAGCCUUACCCUUCGUCAUUGGAACUAAACGCCAGCCUAUCUUCGCUGCACACCAACAUAAAGAAACAGAUAAGGGCAUCGUACCUGAUCAUCAAUACGAUGGUGCGCGCUCGACAUUGUUUGAUGCCACCUUCAUUCCUGGCGGUGAACAUAUUCGCAUCCUGAGCAAGAUAGGCCAGAUCAGAUACUGGAUUGCUGAAUCAUUUGGUCAUUUGAAAGCCAUAGGCGCCACUGGUGAUGCAGUCAAUCUAGUUGCUCAGGUGUUAGGCACAGACGUGCCGCAGCUCGAAUUCGCGGAUUCUUCUUCCGCCGGGGUCGUGGAGAGCUAUGGUGUGGUUACCAGCUGUAAGUUGCAUGAACCAGAGAGCUUGACGGAGGGAAUCAAGAUAUUCAAGGAGGCCAAUGAUUUCUUGGGUAAAUUCUUCUACCAUAUCUCUCGUCACAGGAAUUACGAGAGGGAACUUGAUGGGCUGGCAUCUUCGCUUGCUUGGUAA